AUGACGGACGGCAUGGAGGUCGACGAGCAAGCAGAGACUUCGAAAGCGGGCGCAAAGCGGAUGCGUCAGCUGCUCAAUCCUGCCAAACUGGGCAGACCCUCCAGAUCAGCUAUCCACCCUACUACAUCACAUCUGAUCUACCCGUCCCCAUCGCUUACAGUCGCUGGCCAUCUCCUAACACCGCUCUUCGCAUCUCGGGCCCCCAGACCGCUUCCCACUCCCCCGGUUCUCACUCCGGGCCGUGAGCUAUCUAUCAGCCCCACAGGCGACUGGGCGACUAUCUUCCAUCCGAACCCUCCUAUCCCGAAUCAAGCCAGUGAGGGCGGAACGCUAGCCAUCUACCCUUCGAGCAUCUUAUCGCCCAUCUCGACACCUACAGCGCCAUCUGCAAUCCCCCUCGCGACCUUCCCCCUCCCGAACGAUGUGUUGGCCAUACAUCACCUGUACCAGCCCCGCCCGCACCUCCCGCCUCCGCAUCAUAGGGCGAAGGCAAGAGGACCAGCUCCACCGGCGGAGUAUGACGCCUCGCAAGGCCCUGCACUGGUCGUGCUCACGCCGACGAGCCUGAUUCUGCUUCAUCCCCAAGCAACAGGAAGCGCCAGUCCGGCUUAUAUGGUGGGCAUGCUCACGUGUCCGUUACAUACGAGGUGGCAUGCUUCGCCAGGGGGGAGUAUGCCGCCUGAUACGGGCUGGAGAGUGGAGAGGGGGUGGAUGAAUGCUGUUGGCGGUGAUGAGGGGGUGUGGGUGGGUUGGGGGAGGAAGGGGGAGGUCGGCGUCAUCAGGGCGGAAGUCGGAAUGGUCGACGGAAAGCCAUUCCUGAGAACAACACCUAUGCCCGCGCUGCCAGCUGUAUCGGCGGGGCUCUCCGGUCCGCGCUCGGUCCAGGGCAUAUCGUUCUUCCCAGUACCGUCGGAGCUGCCUGUAUCGCCGAGGCAGGAGUCCGAGGAGAAUGACAAAAUGGAUGGCGCGGACAAGCAGCCCAAAGGCUACUUGGUGGGAGCAGCUUUGAUCAUCAGCGAUUCUGGGUCUGCAGCAUCAAGGAGCGGAACGACAAGAAUCGAGGUGGUGGGAUUUGAGAGAAGAGAGGUGGAGCUCGUAGAGGGUUUCAACGAGAUCGGCGGGUUCGCAGAGACGGAUCCAGUAACCAAGUCAUGGGACUGGUAUACCAUGCCUCAGCUCAUACGGACCAGCAGAUCGCCUACCGGAGCCUCUACAAUUAUCACCUCACUCGUACCCCUGUCCGACGUCCCACCUCACACCUUGGCCCUCGCCGUCGUUCAGAACCAGGACGGGACAAAGGUGGUACAUCUAGACCUUUGCCCUGACGGCUCUGGAUCGGAGUGGCGGAUCCUCGGAGAUGGUAUCAUGCUCGACCUGGAUGACGGCGAGGACGAAGUCGAGCUGGUCCCCGGCCAAGCGGUCCAGCGGGGCUUGAAGGGGAUCGUCGCUGUGGUUACUGGAGAGGGGACGAAGCUGGUCAUCAUGCCAUCUCUCCAGACGGACUCGGAGGAUGCGGAAAGAAAAGAGGGGGAACGAGAUGGGGAGGAGGAUGAAGUGGCGAUGGGAGUUGUUCUGGCGAUAAGGCAGGGAGUGUCAUAUGCGGAUGUCAUCCGGUCGGCGUUUGGGAUGGUAGAUAAGGAUGAUCGCAGUGAUUUGGGACAUCGGAUACUACGCCGAGCGUACGAUAUCAUGCAGGACGAUUUGGGUGUCGAUGAAGGCGUCGAGCUUCAUCGUCUACAGGUCGCGGUGUACGGCCAAGUCAAAGACGAAAGGAAAUCGACCUCGGCCGAGCUGGUACACCUCUACGAAGCUUCCCGUCUGUUCGACCUUUGCGCCCAUCCCGCGCCAACCGGGAUUGCCUUCGACCUCGACACGGUCUGGUCCCUCCUCCCUGUUGUCGAAUGGACGAUGAGCGUCCUAGCAGCCACCUUCCGCUCUGUCGUGCUGUACAAGGGCUCCUCAGCUUGGUCCCCCAAUCCCAUCGCCGGGGAAAUUACCGACUACUCAAGCUCCCGCCUGCUAUACGUCCUUCAUUCGGAGAUCCGCCAGCUCGUCUCCCGGCUUUUGUCUCAGAUACAGGCUCUCAAGGGAUUCUUGGGGACUUUGGAGGAAGCGAUCUUACAGCCUCCGAGUCGGUAUAUGCCUGCAGGGCGGCAGAGGGACGCGCGGGCGACUGUAUUGGCGAAGGAACGCGGGCGGGACUUGGGGGUGCGGGAGGGGGUGGAUGUGGAGCUGUGGGGGAAGGCGCUAGAGGCGAUCGAAGAUCCCGCCGAUCUGGACGUCUCAGUUUACACGACCGCCUAUCUCACCCUCAACCCGGGCGGUCUCCUAUCUCUGCCCACAACUACACCUAUCCUCGACGCGCUCCCAUCCCCCUCUUCCCUCCUUCUCGCCGACACAGCCAGCUCCGGUGGACAGCUAUACGACGCCAUAACGCUCGAGCCCCUCCCCAUGGGCUCUGGGAUCCGGUGCAACCGCUGUGCUUGGAAUACCGCUUCGUUAGGCUCGGACUUUGGUCUAGGCCUGGGGAUGAGUAUGGGGAUGGACGCGGGAAUGGGAGAUACGGCGGGGCGAGGGGAGGGAUGGGCGGGCUAUUUGGGCUGGAGAAGGGAUAGGGAGGCGGGGUGUGGGUGCGGUGGGACGUGGGUCAGAGAGGGGACUGUCGGCUCUGGUCCUCCCUGA